AUGGCGGCGCUCGCAGUGGAGCACUCGUGCACCAUGCUGGUCCACUUCGACCGCCCCAUGAGCGUGAACGAGCUCAAGACCGCGCUCGAGUCGGACGACACGACGGCCAGGAUCGAAGCUCUUCGCAGGGUGAUCGCCAUGAUGCUGAACGGCGAGCAGCUGCCGCAGCUGUUCAUCACGAUCGUGAGGUACCUCCUCCCCAGCGACAACCACCAGAUCCAGAAGCUCCUGCUGCUCUACAUGGAGACGAUCAAGCGCACCGAUGCCUCUGGGAAGCUGCUGCCGGAGAUGAUCCUCGUCUGCCAGAACCUCCGCAACAACCUGCAGCACCCCAACGAGUACGUGCGCGGCGUGACGCUCCGUUUCCUCUGCCGCAUCCACGAAGAGGAGAUCCUCGAGCCCCUCGUGCCCUCCGUCAUCGCGAACCUCGAGCACCGGCACUCGUACGUCCGCCGCAACGCCGUCCUCGCGCUCGACUCCAUCGCGAAGCUCCCGAAGGGCGACUUGUUGCUCCCCGACAUCGGCGAAGUCAUCGCGAGCUUCCUGAGUCAGGAACAGGACCCCGGCGCGCGCCGGAACGCCCUCGCGCUGCUCACCAACCACGACAUGCCGCGCGCCACGGACGCGCUCCUCGAGGCCGGCGAGGGCCUCGCGACGUGGCCGGAGAGCCUCCAGGUGGCUGCGCUGGAGACGGUGCGACGCGCGGUGCGCAGCGACGCGGCGUGGAAGGGCCGCCUGAUCCCGCUCAUCCUCGCGAUGAUGCAGGCGCCGUCCCCCGGCGCGCUGUACGAGGCCGCGGGCACGCUCCUGCAGCUCUCGCACGCGCCCACGGCCGUGCGCGCCAGCGUCCAAUGCUACUGCCAGCUGCUGCUGAGUCAGUCGGACAACAACGUGAAGCUCAUCCUGCUCGACCGCCUCCACGAGCUCCUCGGCAAGCACCGCGACAUCGUCCGCGAGGCCCUGAUGGACCUCUUGCGGUCCCUGGCGUCGCCCAAUCUCGACGUGCGCGCCAAGGUCCUGGGGCUCGCGAUGGAGCUCGUGACGCAGCGCAACGUGGACGAGGUGUUCGCGGUGCUCAAGAAGGAGAUCGCGCGCAGCCAGACGCGCGGCGAGGAGGGGUCUGCGGAGUACCGCACGAUGCUUGUGCAGGCCAUCCACAAGUGCGCGGUUCGGUUCCCGGAAGUGACCGGGUCGGUGGUGCAGAUGCUGAUGGACUUCCUGGGCGACAGCAGCACGACGUCCGCGCUCGAGGUCGCGCACUUCAUGCGCGAGGUCGCCGCGACGAACGCGGGACUGCGCGGGAGCAUCUUCGACGCUCUCCUGGCGACGCUCGGGCAGAUCCAGUCGGGUCGCGUCGCGACGGCCGCGCUGUGGAUGGCCGGGGAGUUCUGCGACGGCCCGGACGCGGCGGUGCGCGCGCUGGACGCGAUCGACGACGCCGUCGGCCCGACGCCCAUCGCGGCGGAGAGCGAGGAGGACGCGGCGGCGCCGGGGGCGCCUGGCGGGCGGCGCGCGCAGCCGGCGACGAGGACGGUCGUGCUCCCGGACGGCUCGUACGCGACGCAGACGGUGCUGCCGGACGUGGGCGGCGGGGCGGCGCAGGCGCCGCCGCGGCACAACUUGCGGGCGAUGCUGCUCGCUGGGGAGUAUUUCGUGGGCGCGGUGGUGGCGUCGACGUGCGCGAAGCUGAUUCUGCGGCUGCGGGACGCGCGGCCGGGCCCGGAGACGAACCGUCGCGCCGCCGCGACGAUUCGCAUGCUCGCCGCCGUCGUGCGCCUCGGGCGCGACGAGGGCGCCGCGCACCCGAUCGACACGGACUCCGCGAGCGCGGUCAUGGGCGCAAUCGCGGCGCUGUCGACCUCGGACCCCAAGACCAGCGCCCUGUACCUCGAGACGGGCCGCAGGGCCCUCGACACGAUGCUGGCAGAGAAACUCCAGAGAGACGAACAGGAGAUGAGGCAGGCGGCGCGGGCGAAGGCGUCGGAGCCGGACGACGCGAUCGAGUUCACGCAGCUCCGGGCGCGCGCGGCGCAGCUGCCGAGCGAGGACUCGGACGCCACCGUCGACUGGGCCGCGCCGGCACCGAAAGCGGCGCCGCGGACGGUGCAGCUGACGGGGCUGUCGGACCCGGUGUACGCGGAGGCGCAGGUGACGGUGCACCAGUACGACGUCGUGCUGGACGUCGCGGUGACGAACCGGACGCGCCAGGUGAUGCAGAACGUCACGCUGGAGCUGGCGACGCUGGGGGACCUCAAGCUGGUCGAGCGGCCGCAGCAGCACACGCUCGCGCCGGACGAGCGCAAGCACAUCCGCGCGAACAUCAAGGUGUCGUCCACGGAGACGGGCGUGAUCUUCGGCAACAUCGUAUACGAGGCCAAGGGUUACGGCGAGCGCACGGUGGUGGUCCUCAACGACAUCCACAUCGACAUCAUGGACUACAUCACGCCGGCGACGUGCCCGGACGUCGCGUUCCGGAACAUGUGGGCCGAGUUCGAGUGGGAGAACAAGGUCGUCAUUAAUACCUCGAUCCGCGACGCGCGGCAGUUCAUCGAGCACGUCGUGGCGUCGACCAACAUGCGGUGCCUCACGCCGGCGUCCGCGCUCGAGGGGGACUGCACCUUCCUCGCCGCGAACUUGUACGCGCGGUCGGUGUUCGGGGAGGACGCCCUGAUCAACGUGUCGGUGGAGCAGCAGCCGCACGACGGCAAGCUGGGGGGGAGUAUUAGGAUCCGGUCGAAAACGCAGGGAAUGGCGCUGUCGCUCGGGGACAAGAUCACGCUGCAGCAGGCGCGCACGUGA